AUGAAAGAAUUUCCUCUCCGUAGUCAAGGGUGCCCACCGUCCCACAGCCAAACGAACCGCGCCGACGGAACUGCCCUUCUCACUGCGAAGGCGCAAAUUCUAAAGCGCGGGGCCGAGCACUUUAGAAGCGUCCCCAACCACCCCUCCACAAGCUCCGACGCCGCCAUCGCCCGUCUUCCUCAAGUGGAGACCAACGCCGAACUGGACCUCGCGCUCUCUCUCCACGAAACCAUCAGGGCGGUGCAGCAGCUCUCCAGUGGGAAAACGCCUGGAUCGGACGCGAUCUCUGCUGACACCAACAAACGCGGUGCCCCCAACUCAUGGAUCAUCCGACGGCCCUCUUCCAGGAGAUAA